GCGUUCGAUACGGAAGCGGAGCUCUCCAAUUAAUUUGGAAAUUUUUUUUUUUCAUUGAAUUAUAUAUUUGCACAAAAUGGAUAUAAAAUCGUUUUUGUUUUCAUAUUGUGCCAAGAAUCAAACCGAACCGAAGUUCGAAGUGCGUCCAACGGGACCAAAGCACCGCCAGCGUUUUCUGUGCGAAGUGCGCGUAGAUCAGUGCCCAUAUGUGGCCGUGGGCAACUCCACCAAUAAAAAGGACGCCGAGAAGAAUGCCUCGCGCGACUAUGUCAACUAUCUGGUGCGCGUCGGCAAACUAAAUGCCAAAGAUGUGCCAGCGGAUACGGCUGGAUCAGCUUCGGCAGGUGGUGCUGAGGCAGGCGGUGGUGGCGGCGGACGCAUCACGGGUGGCCAGCAGCGACGCUUCUUUGGUGAUGCAUCGCGGGGCCCACAGGAUCUGGGCGAGGCCUAUCGCCCGCUGAAUCAUGACGGCGGACGCGACCGCUUCAACAUUAUCGAUCAUGUCCAGGAGCAAAAGGACAUGAACGAAGCCGAAUCGAUUGACGUGAACGCGGCCAUACACGGCAACUGGACCAUCGAGAACGCCAAGGAUCGCUUGAAUAUAUAUAAACAAUCGAACAACAUACGCGACGAUUACAAGUAUACGCCCGUGGGCCCGGAUCAUGCUAGGAGCUUUAUGGCGGAGCUGUCCAUAUUUGUGCCGGCCCUGAAGCGCAAGGUGACCGCACGUGAGACCGGCUCCAACAAGAAAUCGGCCAGCAAGUCGUGCGCCCUGUCGCUGGUGCGUCAGCUAUUCCAUCUAAAGGUAAUCGAGGCCUUUAGCGGCACACUCAAAAAGAAGAAGGACGAGCAACUGAAGCCGUAUCCGGUUAAGCUAGAUCCGCAGCUCAUCGAUAGCGUUGACGAGGUGAUCAAGGAGCUGGAGUUGCCCGUGGUUAAUCCACGCAACAUCAAAGUGGAGCCCGAUGCUGCGCCCAUGUCGCUGAUUGUCGCUGCGAAUCGCUUGGACACCAACCAGGAGAUCGAGACACGCGCACGCCAGGAGAAUAUUGCCGUUAUACCCUGGACACCGCCGCAGCCCAACUGGAAUGCCUGGCAUGCUUGCAACAUCGAUGAGGGCGAACUGGCCACCGCCGCGGUGGAUGAUCUGUCCAUUGAGUAUGAGCGUCAGUUGUGUGAGCGUCGCCAGAAUAAUCCCGAGUACCGUCAGUUUCUGGAGUUUCGCGAUAAGUUGCCAAUUGCAGCCAUGCGCUCGGAAAUCAUGACCGCCAUCAACGAGAAUCCGGUUGUCAUUAUACGCGGCAACACCGGCUGCGGCAAGACCACACAGAUCGCCCAGUAUAUACUCGAUGAUUAUAUUACCUCGGGCCAGGGCGGCUAUGCCAAUAUUUAUGUGACCCAACCGCGUCGCAUAUCGGCCAUUUCGGUCGCUGAGCGUGUCUCACGCGAACGUUGCGAGCAACUGGGCGAUACUAUUGGCUAUUCGGUGCGCUUUGAAUCCGUUUUUCCACGUCCAUAUGGCGCCAUACUCUUCUGCACGGUCGGCGUUCUGCUGCGAAAACUGGAGGCGGGUCUGCGCGGCAUAUCGCACAUUAUUGUCGACGAGAUACACGAGCGCGAUGUGAACAGUGACUUUUUGUUGGUCAUUUUACGCGACAUGGUCGCCACCUAUCCGGAUUUGCACAUUGUUUUGAUGUCCGCUACAAUUGAUACAACUCUCUUUUCGAAAUACUUUGGCGACUGCCCCGUGCUGGAGGUGCCUGGACGCGCCUUUCCGGUGCAGCAAUUCUUUUUGGAGGACAUCAUACAAAUGACUGGCUUUGUGCCCUCGGCAGAGUCGCGUCGCAAGCGCAAAGAGGCCGAUGAUGAGGAGCAACUGUUGCUCAGCGACAAUCAGGAGGAGGGUGAGCAGAAUCUGAAUAAAGUGUGCGAGGAUAAGUACUCGCUGCAGACACGCAAUGCGAUGGCCAUGCUGUCCGAAUCGGAUGUCAGCUUCGAGCUGCUCGAAUCGCUAUUGCUGCAUAUCAAAUCGAAAAACAUUCCCGGCGCCAUUCUGGUCUUUCUGCCCGGAUGGAAUCUGAUCUUUGCUUUGAUGAAGUUCUUGCAAAGCUCGAACAAUUUUGGUGAUCCACAACAUUAUCGCAUCUUGCCCUGCCACUCGCAGAUACCGCGCGAUGAUCAACGCAGGGUUUUCGAGCCGGUGCCCGAUGGCAUCACCAAGAUCAUUUUGUCAACAAACAUUGCCGAGACUUCGAUAACUAUUGAUGAUAUUGUCUUUGUUGUGGACAUAUGCAAGGCGCGCAUGAAACUCUUCACGUCCCACAACAAUUUGACCAGCUAUGCGACUGUCUGGGCCAGUAAAACCAAUUUGGAGCAGCGCAAGGGUCGAGCCGGACGUGUACGUCCCGGCUUUUGCUUUACGCUCUGCUCACGCGCACGUUUCGCCCAGCUGGAGGAGAACUUGACGCCGGAAAUGUUCCGCACACCGUUGCAUGAGAUUGCGCUAACCGUGAAGCUAUUGCGCCUCGGCGCCAUACAUCAUUUUCUGUCCAAGGCAUUGGAGCCGCCGCCAGUGGAUGCUGUCAUCGAGGCGGAGGUGCUGUUGCGCGAUAUGCGCUGCCUGGAUGCCAAUGAUGAGCUGACUCCGUUGGGCCGCCUGUUGGCACGUUUGCCCGUCGAGCCGCGUCUGGGCAAGAUGUUGGUGCUGGGCGCGGUGUUUGGCUGCGCUGAUCUGGUGGCCAGCAUGGCCUCCUAUUCCAGCACCUUCUCGGAGGUGUUCGCCUUGGACAUUGGACAGCGCCGUUUGGCCAAUCAUCAGAAGGCUCUGAGCGGUCGCAAAUGCUCCGAUCAUGUGGCCAUGAUUGUCGCCUCACAGAUGUGGCAGAGUGCCAAGAAGCGCGGUGAGCACGAGGAGGCACGCAUCUGCGACUGGAAGGGUCUGCAGAUGUCCACAAUGAAUGUAAUGUUUGAUGCCAAGCUUCAGCUGCUCGAUCUGCUGCAGCAGGCCGGCUUUCCGGAGGAGUGCAUGUUGCCGCAUCACGUGAAUGCCAAUUCGGAUGAUCCCGAGCUGGAUAUAUCCCUCGCCUUGCUCUGCCUGGGUCUCUAUCCCAACAUUUGCGUGCACAAGGAGAAGCGCAAGGUCCUGACCACCGAAUCGAAGGCUGCCCUGCUGCACAAGACCUCGGUGAACUGCAGCAAUCUGGCCGUGACCUUCCCCUAUCCGUUCUUUGUCUUUGGCGAGAAGAUACGCACACGCGCCGUCUCUUGCAAGCAAUUGUCCAUGGUGGCGCCGCUGCAGGUGAUGCUCUUUGGUUCGCGCAAAAUCGAUCUGGCGGCCAAUGGCCUGGUGCGCGUGGAUAACUGGCUCAACUUCGAAAUGGAUCCGGAGCAUGCGGCCAAAAUUGGUGCACUUAAACCGGCCCUUGAGGAUCUGAUUACCAUUGCCUGUGACAAUCCCAGCAAUGUACUCCAACUAGAUGAACCCUACGCCCGGCUGGUGCGCGUAAUCAGGGAACUGUGCGUCCAGAAUGCCGGCGACUAUGAGCUUCAGCGUGAAUGCGGUGUGUUGCCCCACAUGUCGCGCAACGUUGCCAGCGGCAACAACGCUGGCGGCGGACCAGCUAAACGUGGGCGCUACGAUAGUGGUCCUGGUUACGGUGGCAGAAGCGGAGGCUAUGGCGGUGGCGGUGGUGGUCGCCGUUAUGGUGGCGGCGGAGGCUAUGGCAACCGUGCAGGUGGCUUCAACAAUGGUGGCGGAGGCGGUUUCAAUAGUGGUGGAGGCGGUGGCUUUAAUAAUGGUAACGGUGGUGGCUUCAAUAGAGGAGGAGGCGGCGGCGGCGGCGAUGGCUACAAUAAUGAAGAAGGAGACGGCGGCUACAAUGAAGGAGGCGAUGGCUACAAUAAUGGAGGAGGCUUCGGCGGCUUUAACAAUGGCGGAGCAGGCUUUGGCAGCGGCAACAACUUUCAAAGUGAGGGCGGCAACUGGGGCGCCUUUUCCAAUCGUCGCUUUUAAAUAUUUUUUUAAUAUUAAUCCUUACCUUUGCUAUGCAUUAUAAUUAUGUCUGAUUACAAAUAAAAUAUAAAUAUCUACGAUCC